AAGGUCUGGGUGGGAGGCACAGCUAAUCCAGAAUUGAAGACGAAAUACUACACUAGCGAUAGUAGCCUAUAGAAGACUAUUUAUUGGAACAUAUUGGGUUAUUUUAUCUUUUGACUACAAAGGGGAUGCGAUAUGGAGGGUGAAAAGAAGAAUAAGGUGACAGUUCCACUGUUGGUAGCCGUAUCAGUGGCUGUGAUUGGAUCAAUCCAAUUUGGAUACAACACUGGAGUCAUCAACGCACCAGAAAAGAUCAUUAGGCAGUUCCACAAUGAGACCUGGCAUACCCGCACUGGUGAAAAUAUCACAGAAAAUCUCAGCACAAUGCUCUGGUCCUUCUGUGUGGCUAUCUUCUCGGUCGGUGGCAUGAUCGGCUCGUUCUCCGUUGGCUUGUUCGUCAACCGAUUUGGCAGGCGAAACUCCAUGCUCAUGGUCAAUGUGCUGGCUGUCAUCGGAGGCUCUCUGAUGGGCUUCUCCAAGCUGGCUGCCUCCUUUGAGAUGCUGAUUGUGGGACGGUUGGCCAUCGGUCUGUUUUGUGGUCUCAGCACUGGCCUGGUCCCCAUGUACAUUGGAGAGAUCUCCCCCACCUCCCUGCGCGGGGCGUUUGGGACUCUACACCAGCUGGGAGUGGUCGUUGGCAUCCUUAUAGCACAGGUCUUCGGUCUGGAAUUUAUCCUGGGCUCUCAGUCCCUCUGGCCCCUGCUCCUGGGUCUCACAGUCAUCCCUGCUCUGAUCCAAAGUAUCGCUCUGCCUUUCUGUCCUGAAAGCCCCAGGUUCCUACUGAUCAACAAGAACCAAGAGGAGAAGGCCAAGAAGAUUCUGAAAAAAUUGCGGGGCACUGAAGAUGUCCAGCAAGAUCUUCAGGAGAUGAAAGAUGAGAGUCUGAAGAUGAUGCAGGAGAAGAAAGUGACCAUCCCUGAGCUGUUCCGUUCCCCGAGCUACCGUCAGCCAAUCAUCAUCGCCAUUGUCCUGCAGCUGUCCCAGCAGCUCUCCGGCAUUAACGCGGUUUUCUACUACUCAACGAACAUCUUUGAGACUGCUGGAGUUAAAGAACCCAUCUACGCUACAAUCGGUGCUGGAUUUGUCAAUACUGUAUUCACUGUUGUAUCACUCUUCCUGGUUGAGAGGGCGGGCCGAAGGACUCUACACCUCGUGGGAUUGGCUGGGAUGGCUUUCUGUGCCAUUCUGAUGACCAUUGCUCUCGUCCUCAUGCGCCAGAUUCCUUCCAUGAGUUACCUGAGUAUUUUAGCCAUCUUCGGUUUUGUGGCAUUUUUUGAGAUCGGGCCGGGCCCCAUCCCCUGGUUUAUUGUGGCCGAGCUCUUCAGCCAGGGUCCAAGGCCGGCCGCAAUGGCUGUAGCCGGCUGCUCCAACUGGACAUCUAACUUCAUUGUUGGUCUGGGGUUCCCCUAUGUACAGAUGCUCUGCGGUGACUAUGUCUUUAUUAUCUUCGUUGUAUUCCUGGUAUUAUUCUUUGUCUUCACUUUCUUCCGGGUGCCUGAGACCAGGGGGCGGACCUUCGAUGACAUUAGCAAAGGCUUCACUGGGGGCAACAGCCAAGGGGCACCAGCACCAGAGGGAGUGGUCACCCUGCCUCCUAGUAGCCCUACAGAGAAGGUUCCAAUGGUAGAAUUGAAUGCUAAAGAAACACCAAAUGCACCAGUCUCCAGAGAGUGAGAUUCAGUGCCAGAAAUGUGUGUUACAUUAUAUACAGUGUCCUGAAAACAGUAUUGGACCAGCCAUGCUGAGACAGUCAUUGCCGGUUAAUGUGAUUCAGACACCUUGUUCAGUACAACUUGGGAUAGCCAAUCAGCGAACAAGAAGCAACACAUGAUUAGCACCACAAACCAACAGUGUUAGUCCAGCACUUUUUCCAGGAUGCUUUAUAUGUACUGUAAUAGCAAGGUUUGGAUUUGAUCCAAAAGCAGAGUCCAGCAUCACUUUGUCCCACUGUUUAAAUGAAUUAUUAACCCUUUGCGGUCCAUUUAUUCAGCACUUGUCAGGAGCGUCAGGUCCAGUUUAUUUUCA